ACUUCAAAGAUGAUAUUGAUCUUUUGAGCAUUCCCUGGAAAUGUGUGUUUUAAUACUAUACUGCUCCCAUCUCUGCACAACUCCAGCGCAACUAUAGCCUGAUACAUUCUGCUGUAUGCAGACACUGUUAUGGCUGAGACUAAUGGUGAUGGGCCAUAUGUCUUUUUCUUUGUCUUUCAGGUGGGAUUUUUGAACAAACAGAUGGACCUGUUUCCCUCGUCAGCUCCGAGGAGCUCGCCUUUAAAUUUGCUGUCAAUAACAUUAACAGAAACAGAACUUUGUUGCCAAACACAACGUUAACGUAUGACAUACAGAGGAUUAAUAUCUACGACAGCUUUGAGGCAUCCCGGAAAGCGUGUGACCAGCUGUCUUUAGGAGUGGUUGCCAUAUUUGGGCCGUCGCACAGCUCGUCGUCGAACGCCGUGCAGUCUAUUUGCAAUGCGCUGGAGGUGCCGCACAUCCAGGUGCGAUGGAAACAUCACCCGAUGGACAACAGAGACACCUUUUACGCCAAUCUAUACCCGGAUUAUUCCUCGCUAAGCUAUGCCAUACUGGAUCUGGUGCAGUAUCUGAAAUGGAAAACAGCCACAGUUGUAUAUGAUGACAGCACAGGACUUAUAAGGCUACAGGAGCUGAUAAUGGCCCCUUCUCGGUAUAACAUCCGACUAAAGAUCCGCCAGCUGCCCAUCGACACACAGGACGUCAGGCCGCUUCUUAAAGAGAUGAAAAGAAGUCGUGAGUUCCGUAUCAUCUUCGACUGUAGCCACCACAUGGCAGCACAAAUUCUGAAACAGGCUCAGACCAUGGGGAUGAUGACGGAGUAUUACCACUAUAUCUUCACCACUCUGGACCUGAUGGUGAUCGACUUGGAACCCUACCGCUUCUGUGGUGUCAACAUGACCGGCUUCCGCAUCCUCAAUGUUGACAACCCUCAGGUGGCUUCGAUCGUGGAGAAGUGGUCAAUGGAAAGGCAGAUUCCACCGAAGCCCGACUCCGGCCUUCUGGAGGGCAUCAUGACGACAGAUGCGGCUCUGACCUACGAUGCGGUCCACAUAGUUUCCGUCUCCUACCAGCACGCUCCUCAGAUGACUGUCAACUCACUUCAGUGCCACCGCCACAAACCCUGGAGAUUCGGAGGGCGCUUCAUGAGUUUCAUCAAAGAGUCCCAUUGGGAUGGUUUAACUGGAAGACUGUCAUUCAACAAGACGACUGGCCUGCGGACAGAUUUCGACCUGGACAUCAUCAGCCUGAAGGAAGACGGACUUGAAAAGGUGGGGAAGUGGAGUGCAUCUGGAGGCCUUAACAUAACUGAAGUGCCAAAACGCAAAGGAAUGAACAUCACUGACUCCUUGGCCAACCGCUCCCUCAUCAUUACCACGAUCCUUGAGGAGCCAUACGUCAUGCUUAAGAAGUCUGACAAGGCACUAGUCGGGAACGACCGCUUCGAAGGCUUCUGCAUCGACUUGCUCCGGGAACUGUCCAUGAUCCUGGGCUUCACCUACGAAAUCCGACUCGUGCCUGAUGGGAAAUAUGGCUCCCAAGAUGAUAAGGGCCAGUGGAAUGGAAUGAUCAGGGAACUCAUUGAGCAUAGAGCAGACCUGGCCUUGGCUCCCCUCACCAUCACCUACAUGCGUGAGAAGGUCGUGGACUUCACCAAGCCGUUCAUGAACGUUGGCAUCAGCAUCCUUUACCGCAAACCUAACACCACCAAGAACGGCUUCUUCUCCUUCCUGAACCCGAUGACUCCCGACAUUUGGGUCUACAUACUUCUCGCCUAUCUCGGUGUCAGCUGCGUCCUUUUUGUCAUUGCAAGAUUUAGUCCGUAUGAAUGGUACGACGCUCAUCCGUGUAAUCCUGGAUCAGAUGUAGUGGAAAACAACUUCACUCUCCUCAACAGCUUCUGGUUCGGAGUCGGCUCCUUAAUGCAGCAGGGCUCCGAGCUGAUGCCCAAGGCCCUGUCCACCAGGAUCAUCGGUGGGAUCUGGUGGUUUUUCACCCUCAUCAUCAUAUCGUCUUACACCGCUAACUUAGCGGCAUUUCUUACCGUGGAGAGGAUGGAUUCCCCUGUGGACUCGGCCGAUGACAUCGCCAAACAGACCAAAAUUGAGUAUGGAGUGGUCAAAGAUGGAGCCACCAUGACUUUCUUUAAGAGAUCCAAGGUUUCGACUUUCGAGAAGAUGUGGGCUUUUAUGAGCAGCAGACCGAGCACUUCACUGGUGAAGUCUAUUGGCGACGGCAUUCAGAGGGUGCUCAAGUCUGACUACGCCUUCAUUACGGAGUCUAGCACCAUCGAUUACAUCACCAGGCGGAACUGCAACCUGACUCAGGUGGGAGGACUCAUCGACAGCAAGGGCUAUGGCAUCGGCACUCCUUUAGGCUCCCCGUACAGGGACAAAAUCACCAUAGCGAUCCUUAACAUCCUGGAGGACGGGCGCCUACACAUGCUGAAGGAGAAAUGGUGGAGUGGGAUCAGCUGCUUGGAUGUGGAGCGACGGGAGACGGGCCCCAUGGGCAUCCAAAAACUGGGUGGUAUUUUCAUUGUCCUGGCAUCCGGCCUGGUGGUGUCUGUUUUUGUGGCCAUUGCCGAGUUUAUCUACAAGCUGAGGAAGACCGCGGAACGUGAGCAGGUCUUUGUGCAGUGCCAUGGUGGACGAGAUCAGACUGUCGUUCACCUGCGAGAGGCGAGUGAAACACAAACCUCAGCCUCCAGUCAUGGUGAAGACGGAUGCGGUGAUAAACAUGCACGCCUACAACGACCGACGACUCCCGGGAAAGGACAUGAGCUGCAGCACUGGGAUGACCCCCGUGUUUCCAUGACAUUGUGCUCCCCCCCGGGCAAGACCCUUCUGAGCAACGUGUCGGGGGCGAUCCCAGAGACUAAAGACAACGGCAUAGAUGGAAUCCUGAGAUUCAGUCUGAACCACAGUGACAUGGGGACACUAACAAAACACGGACAACUCAAAAUGGCAGCGUCAGCCACACAGGUAUAAUAGCUGUUGAGAGUCGGAAAAGAAAAACAUGUUCAAAGAAGGAUCUCUUUUGUUUGUUUUUUUUGUGUUGUAUACUUCAACUCACACGAAAGGAAACAGUUUGCCCAAAACAAGAAUGGAAUCCUCAACCUUCAUGAAGAAAACUGAAGCAAGUUGGGAAUAGCAAUACUGUCAUUUUUUGUUUGUCAUUUUAACUGGAUAACCAGACAACAAGAAAGUAACGUUACCUCAACCACCUUCCCAGCUGGAACUCAUGCUCUGGAGUCACACACUGAAGAAAAUAGCACGAGCUCUCAUGACGACAGCAUUCUCACGCACCAUGUGUUGAUAUUAAACGCAACAAAACCUUUGUCCACUGGUUUUGCAUUUGUUUCCUUUUUAUUCACGCAAGACAACCCAGCAAACAAGCUGCGAUGGCGAGAAAAACACACAAUUUAAUGUCAGAAUGAUUUUGCGCAUGAUUGAAUUUCAAUCACUCCGAAUAUUUAUUGCCAAAGACGUGACAUUUCUGCAGAAUUAUGUCGGCCGGAGCUGCUCGCUAAGCUUCCUAGCCAGCGCUAAUCUUUUGGUCAAUGCAAAGUCAAUUAGAAAAGACUAAAUAGGGCGAUUAAGGGAUCUUGCCGUCGCAGGUUUUUAUUCCCGCCAAACAGGCUGAGAUGAGCUUAUUGUGUUGGCCAGUGGAAUCUUGUUUCAAGAAUCCCUGGCGCUCUAUAAUGUAAAACAAUCGAGACUCAGAGAUAUGAUCUACCAUAUGUGCUGAGUCGAGUGUCAUUCAAUGUACAAUUUGUGUCCUAAAACAACGACUCGAGCAAAGCCGAGCUUGAAAAACUUUAGCGACAAGCCGGAAGAAAUGAAGCAUAGACACAAUCAAACCAGUUGACUUGAUGAAUGUAGGACUGAACUGGGCUCAAAGGAUGAGAACUGGAGCCCAUGAUAAAAUGGAAUCAUCCAGAAUAUUCUGUGCCAAAAUGUAUUCUCUAAUGGUGUUGGGGCAAUGAGGCUGAUCAGGUUUUAACAUGAGACCUUUGGGAUAUUGUGAUCGGUGCCUGUGCCCUGAACACCUUAAACUAUAUUUGGUUUUAGUUACAUUAUAAUAACCUACCAAAGUAUGAACUGGGGAACACAAAAAGGCAAAAAAAACAUGUCCUCACAAGAUUAUUUUUUAGGUAAAAAGUAUCUCUCUAGACUCUGUGGGAUGCCAGGGUUCAAAGGGUGCAUGCUGUUGAACUGAGCCUGGUGAGUCAUCGUUCGGUAAUGAUACGGUCAUCCUAAAUAUUUAAUGGUAUCCUUUUCAUUCCUUAGAUGAAGCGAAUCCACCGCUUUUACAAAAUACAUUUAGUCAUGUCACACUUGUGCUGUCAUUUUCAAGUCAGAUGAAUUUGCUAUUCAUCCAGCCAAAACGUUCCCACUUUAAUGCCACCUCAAGGCGAGUGAGGUAAACUAGGUGACAUCCUGCGUCAAGAUUGUAAUGUUCUUCCUCAGCUGGAGUUGGUAUCCGGCAAUAUAACAGUGUAAAGUAGUUGGUUUACAAGUGUGAGUUGUCUGCUUGGUGGUCCAUGGCAUCUCAGCCAGUGGCUGGUCCGUACUUACUUAAUACUUCAGAUAAAACGCCCUCAAUUGAAAGAUAGCUCUUGUGAGAAUGAUUGUUUUACAUUAUAAAGGAAACCCUGUCUCUCCCUCCCUCUUUUCUUUUAAUAAUGAGGAGUGUAAAUCCAUUCUGUAAAAAAGGUUUGUUUUUAGGAACUGUAUCUUCAGUAGACGUCACGCCGGUGAAAGAUUCGAGGAGUCUGUAAAAAGCUGUUGUCCUCCGAGCAAACCUCUGUGAGGUUCUGGACUGUUGAUUCAUCUCCACGAAAAAAAUCCCGCAAUGAAAGAAAUGGAAAAAAAAAAAAAAGGAUGUUAAAGUUGUUGAGUAGAGAUCAAGUCCGUGUAUGAUUGUUUAUGGGUCGACUUCUGCUCAGUAGUAUAUGUAGAUAAGAUCAGCAGAAGGAAAUGUAUUUUGCUAAAUUUAUACAGUGGAAAAUUAUUUUAAUUCAAAGUCAAAUAUGUGCUAGAUGCAAUUUACGUCAUUAGAGAAGUCACUUUACUCCGCACCCCACAGCAUUAUAUGUAUUUAACGGAAAGGCAUUAUAUUACUUUUAUAAAAUGAGAUUAAAAGGAAAACGUGUGUAAAUCUUUUUAUGUUGGUCAAUAGAUGAAAUGGAAAUAUUGAGCCUCCCUGAGAUCAAUCUCUGGGGUUCAGUUAUAGCCCACAUAGAAUUGGGUCAAAACUGUCUCGACUCAAGUGUGGUCGACUUUCACCCUUGUGUGUAUUGUAGCUUAUCAUCAAACGUUUGUUUGAAUCCAGUUUGUUUGUUUUCUACUGUAUGACUCAAUAUAAUUUGAAGAAAAAAAAAAUCUGUGGGAAGCUGUUUUACACACCACCAAGAAGUGGCCACCUGAUACAGUCAAUGCAUUAUUAUUUUUUAUUUUCUUUUAUAAAUCAGUGUCAGUAAUAAUUGCCGUUUUACAUAGAAAAUUUAUAAAAUGUGUAAGAAAAUAUUGCAAACUGUAAGCUACAUAACCUGUGCUCCAUGAAAUUGUGCAAUGAAUAUUGUUUUUCCGAGACUUUGAUUUAAUGUUUAUUUCAACUGCUUUUAUCAUUGGACAAAAACAAUAAAUGUUGGUGCCAACCAGGGUUUUCUUUGUGGACAUGCAGAAUUUCUAUAAAUAUAGUUUUUGUAACGUUUUGUAAUAAAAAGAAACGUCGACAAAAAAGUUCACGAAUAAAAAGUUUUCCAUCUAUGUGUGAAGCAAAGGAUGAGAGUAACACACAGAAAGUAUGAGGGGUAAAUUAAGCAUACUAUUAUAGGAGAAUUAUUGAGGUUUUUUUUUUUUCUUUUGUUCAUUUGUUUUUAACACUGUGAAAUAAUUAAAUUGUACAGUUUGC